CCGGCACUUUGGACGAUUAAUUCGCUCAGCUUUAGAUUUUCUAAUCACCCGUGCUACAGUGACAGAUCUGCCGCAGUGUGUGUGGCAAAUGUACUUGCAUCUCUACAAUAUCGUCAAAAUGGACAGAAACGGUGAAAUGUGUGAGAGUAAUGACGAUUGUCCUAUUGGACAAUAUUGUUAUACCUCCAAUCGAUGCGUGAAUUAUAUUGACUGUAACCGAUACAAUCGGCUGGAAGGCCUGACAGAGGCACAGACCCCAUCGCAAUGUGGUCCGUGCAUGAAAGGAUACGCAUCAGAGCAUCUUACUAGCAAUGUUACGUCAUCAAUAUGUAAAUAUAUAGAAAAUCAGGCGGGAUCUGGUAUAAAUCAUAAAUUAAUUAUAUUAUCCACUGUGAUAAGUUUGUUGACUGUAAUUGUUAUUGUUGUAUUAUACUUUUUCAAACACCAGCAAAUUCGCAGAUUUAUAUCAAAUUAUAUUGGAAAUAAUUCUAAUGCAACAGUAAUUGACAGUGCCCCACCACAAGAGCAAAAUCCAUUCAUUAAAUGUGAUGAAAAAAAAUGUUGCACUCUGGAUAACAAUAAUAAAAAGAUUACAGAAUCUAACGAAUUUCAAAACUCUAUUCCGUGCACUAUUCAGUACAGACCAAUAGACGCAUAUGCUCCUGCACAUAGUAAUUUCAAUAUCAAUAUCAAUACCAAUCCCAAUAAUAAUCCACUUUCGAGAGAAGUUGCAAUUAUUGAUAUGCCAAAUGACAGGGAUACAGAAAUAUUACAAUCUGACCUAUCUAAUGAUGACAAUCUACCUAAUUACAAUGAUGAUGAUAAUGACACUAUAGAUUCUGGCACAGAACCGAAAGACGAAGGUGAUCAGAAAACAGCAAAUCUAUUCAUCAGUCAACAAGCCACACAAAACAUCACAAUAAACCUGAACGGAUAGAAAUAUAAAUAAUUAUAAUUAUUGUUAAUCAUUUUGUUAAUAUUGCAAUUAGUUAAUGAUGCAUUUAUAUACAUGAAUAUAUCCAUAUAUACCUUUGUAAUUAGGAGUUUCAUUAUUUAAAGUUAUGUUAAAUCAUCUUUUCAAUUUAAAAUAAUUGCCUUCUUUUUCAAAUUGGAAAGGUAAUUUAUCUCUAAAUAAUGAAACAUCUAAUUGCCUACAUCUUGCAAAAUCUCUUUUAUACAUGCUCCACUUUGUAUAUCAUAUAAAUUUUUAUA